AUGAGCAACACACCGNAACGCCCACUGGGUGAAAAGGUCGCAAACACAAAUCCAGCACCAUGGCCUUCAAAGGAGAUUACUAUGCAAGGCAAAUACGUUACUCUGGAACCACUAUCACCAAUUCAUGCCGAAGCGCUCUUCCCACUUAUCGGCGGUACUGCCAAUGAGCGACUUUGGGAUUACAUGCCUUACGACCCUUGUCCGACCACAGUCUCAGCUCUUCACGAGGAUAUGGUCAACAAAGCAGCUUCUUCAGAUCCAACCUUCUACACCAUUCUCAAACAUGUCGGCGACAAGAAGGAGGCUGUGGGUUGGUGUUCCUACCUGCGUAUUGAGCCCAAGAAUCGUGUUAUUGAGGUUGGGCAUUUGAUGUUUUCGUCAGUGCUGCAGAAGUCGGUUGCUGCCACGGAGGCUAUGUAUUUGAUGGCCAAGUAUGCGUUUGAGAUGGGAUACCGUCGGUAUGAGUGGAAGUGCCAUAGUCUCAAUGCACCGAGCAGGAGGGCAGCGGCGAGAUAUGGGUUUGUGGAGGAAGGCACUUUCAGACAGGCGCUGAUUGACAAGCAUGGAAGGAACAGGGACACGACUUGGUUUUCUAUGUUAGACUCGGAGUGGGAUAACAGAAAGAAGGCUUUUGAGGGAUGGUUGGACGAGAGCAAUUUUGACGAGCAGGGUAGGCAGAAGAAGAAGCUGGAGGAGUUUAGAGUAUGA